UUUAGAUCUGGGUCACCUCUGUUAUAAAGCGAGUAGGGUAUCCCUAGCUUCUUUAUUUGUUGACUGAUACUGUGGAAAAUCUCGACUAACAUUAAUUAUGGCAGGUGCAGUUCAGAAACUUCUAGGUGAUAAGGUAGUGAGUAAAGAUGGAGAAGUCUCCGUGAGCAGUUUUACUGGCGACGGGAAAGUAGUGGGGCUGUAUUUCUCUGCACAUUGGUGUCCGCCAUGUCGAGGAUUCACCCCUGUCCUUGCUACGUUCUACGAAAAAUUUAAAAAGACAGACAAGGGUAAAGACUUUGAGAUCGUGUUUGUCAGUUCGGACAGGGAUGAAAACAGCUUCAAUGACUAUUUUAAAGAGAUGCCAUGGCUGGCGUUGCCUUUUGCAGAGCGAGAUUUAAAGGGCAAACUUUCCAAGGAGUUCAAAGUCAGCGGGAUCCCUACACUGAUCCUGUUGAAUGGUGCCACAGGGAAGGUGAUCACCAGUGACGGGCGGUCAGUGGUAACAGAUGACCCAGAGGGACAAGAGUUUCCAUGGAACCCAAAACCUUUCAAAGAGAUUAUGAAAGGGGAAUUGCUGGCAGAGAAUGGAGGGAAGGUGGAUGCUGAGACUGCCUUGGCUGGGAAGGUGAAGGCUAUCUACUUCUCAGCACAUUGGUGUCCGCCAUGCAGGGGGUUCACCCCAAAACUCAUUGAGACCUACAAAAAGUUAAAAGCAGCUAACAAGAAUUUUGAGAUAGUGUUUGCCAGCUCUGACAGAGAAGAAGACAAGUUCAAGGAGUACUUUGCUACCAUGCCCUGGCUAGCUAUACCAUUCAAAGAUGUCAGAGCUACAAAACUAAACAAGACCUUUGGCAUAGAAGGAAUCCCGUCUCUGAUAAUAUUAGAUGAAGACAACAAGGUGAUCAACAAAAAUGGAAGAUCUGCCAUUGCCAGUGACCCAGAGGGCAAGGAUUUCCCUUGGAAGCCCAAGCCUAUUGAAGAGAUGACUGAGAGCUCUGUAGGUCCUCUCAAUGACUCCCCUUGUAUGAUCCUCUUGACAGAGGGCAAAGGCGCAGCUCUUGCACAGGAAGUGAUGUCAGAGUCAGCCAAAGAAUACUAUGAUAAGGGGGAAGACCAGGAUGUCUUUUUCCUGUGGAUGGAUACUGCCAAACAGGAUGAAUUAUAUGACUCCCUGAUUAAUUUCUGUAAGCUAGAGGAGCGCCUGCCCCUCCUGGCACUGACAGAUUUUCCAGAACAGAGGGUCUUUGCCUCUCCAGAGAAGACAAUCACCAAGGCGGUGGUCCAGGAGGUGAUCAGCCAGUACAAGGCUGGCAAUCUGGAGUGGAAGAAACUGCAGGGAUAGACUGGACACUGGUCAGCUGGAAACACUGGUCAGCUGGAAAGACUGACCCAUUCACAUUCAUGUUUAUGUGAGAAAUGGUCUACUCGUCUAGCAGGUUGUUACAGAGUACUCUUAUUCUUUUAUUCUAAUUUAUAACCCUGUAGCAACUAAUGACAGGUUUUAAUCUAUUUAUCAUCCAUUUUUGUUUUAACUGUGGUAAACAGAGAGAGAAAUGCAAGAGAAACACUACAGAGAAACUAUGAGGUGGGAAGUUUUUAGCUCUGUUAGGGUCCAAAUGUUCAUUAUUGUCGAGAUUCUGGUAGAUCUGAUGUUAAGAUGGGGAUGAGAGAAUUACCACCUUUAUCCUGAAUUGCCGUCACACCUUAAAUGUUAUCUGUGGAAAUUGUAUUGACCUGUGUCAUUUCUGUGUGACGUAGUAGAAAAAAGACAUUUGAAAAAAAAUUAUUUGUUCAGAUUGAUGCCACCUUUCUCCCAUUCCUCCCAUGUUAAUUAGAUGUGAUGAUCUGUGCUCUUGUUUUAUUCAGAGUAGAAUACACCCAAGAGAUUGACCUUGGUUAUAGUAUUGUGUGUGAUCUAGUUUGUACCAUUUAUUUUAGUCCACAUUGACUUGCAGUGAAUUAAUAAAGUGAUGUUCUGCCCUCAGCAGUGUAAACCUCCUCCCGUUAUCUUUAACCUGACCACGUGGAAAUUAUAGAAAUAUCAGGACCAAAGUUUUGUUGACACUAUUUUGAAAUCAACUAGUGUUUCUUUUUGUAUUGCAGUUUUUUCUGCGAAAAAUGACUAUGUUUAUCUGUGAUUUCAGAACGAUUUGAUGUUUACUUUAUGAGGUUAUCUAACAUGUUAUUCUGCUCCUCUACAUUUUUACUUUGUAGAAUGCAAUCUUGUAAUAAAGCUGCUGAAUUUAA